AUGUCGCAAUCCCUCACAUUUCUCGUCGCUUUCUCUGCCGUCGUAGGCACUUCCGAAGCAAUUCGACAGAUUCAAUCGGAUUCCAAGAGGAAGGAACACCGAAGUAGAAAGAAUAAUCUGAUAGUACGGUGCCCUAAGUCAUCUCAAUACAGCCCCAUACUUGAAGGGAGGCGUGUAGUCCUGUCUGGUGACAAGCUAUACAUUGAUACGGGAACCGACUAUGACCAGGCCUUCGGCCACCCGUUUGCUGGAUAUUUCCUUCCGUACCCUGAUUCCAAGUACUCUGGCCUCGUGUCGACGAUCUGCGACGAGCCACCGAUUAUGAAUUGGAUAUACAUCGAUAGAAACACGUAUGAGAUCAAGUUUGGUACUCGUCCAUCGGCACAACCCAACUGGCCCGGGCCAUUUGAUUGCUCUCGACAGGACCGCAGGUUGACAUUUUCCGGUUGGGAAGGUUUCCUGGCCGUCAAGGAGGGCGAUUUUUGGGCAUUGUACUUUGACGUCGAUGAGGAUAAUCUAAAGUCAAAAGUAAAGAGUGACACUCUAGUACUAGAUAUACAACUCUUGCGGGUAGAGAUGCGUGUCAAGCCGUCUAAGAAGGAGGAGCCCUCUGGUGGGGGCUCAGAGGGUACCGAAUCCAAGGAAGACCCUUCAGAGUUGGACGCAAAGCAUAAUAAGCAAAAGAGUGAAGAGAAGAUGGAAGUCACUCAAGACUUUAACUUGGAGUCGCCAGAUGUAGAUUGA